CUUUUUUUGUUUUGUAUUUGCACACUAUUUUCCCUUGUGAUAGAGUGAGAUCCUGCGUAGGGCUCGACAAUCCGUCGUCAAUACUCAAUCUCCAUUAAUCGGACAUGCUGAGGGUAGCGGGGAGGAGGUUUUCGUCUCUCUCAUGGCGCUCGGGUCAAGCUCCAUUCGCCACCAGAAACCCAUUUGUCGGCGGCGAUUCGUCAUCGGAAAAACGUACUUCUUCGCCCGUUGAAUCAAUUUCCGUUUUUGAUCAGAUCAGAGGGUUCUCUUCUGGUUCACUGGCAACAGGACAGAACUCAGGCCUGGUUCCGGAAGUCCCUGCUACUGUGGCGGCAAUCAAGAAUCCCACCUCAAAGAUUGUCUACGACGAUCACAACCACGAGCGUUAUCCACCAGGUGAUCCCAGCAAGCGUGCAUUUGCGUACUUUGUCUUGACUGGAGGCAGGUUUGUAUAUGCAUCACUGGCUCGACUCCUUGUGCUCAAAUUUGUUCUGAGCAUGUCUGCUAGUAAAGAUGUCCUCGCUCUCGCUUCCCUGGAGGUGGAUCUGUCUAGUAUUGAACCUGGGACAACUGUCACCGUGAAGUGGCGUGGGAAGCCUGUCUUCAUCAGGCGCCGAACUGAAGAAGACAUCAAGCUGGCAAACAGUGUUGAUGUUGCCUCCCUUCGUGAUCCACAAGAGGAUGCUGUGAGGGUCAAGAAUCCGGAAUGGCUCGUGGUUAUCGGGGUUUGCACCCAUCUGGGGUGCAUCCCCUUGCCGAAUGCUGGUGAUUACGGGGGCUGGUUUUGCCCAUGCCACGGAUCCCAUUAUGACAUUUCUGGCCGGAUUCGCAAAGGGCCUGCACCAUUUAACUUGGAGGUUCCCACUUACACCUUUUUAGAUGAGAACAAGCUGAUGGUUGGGUGAGAGAGAAGUCGGUCUUGAAGUGAAGGAUGUGGUAGGGAGAAAUAUUUGGUAAAUCCAUUAUGGUGACGAAUAAUUUUAUACUGGAUUUGUAUUAGUUAGUUUUGGUCUUUCAAGGAUUCCUUGAUUGAUAGGCCUGCAGUCUGAAAGGGCAUUGCUGUUUUGAAUAAUGCUGGCUACUGAUCUUUAUUUUCUCCUUCAGUUAAAAGAUUUUGUAUUGAGAUUCA